ACCUGCUCACUGGUGAAACUGAUCAGUGGGCUGGAAGGGCUCGGUGACGCGACGGGUGAAGUCACCACCGCCGAGCCCGCGCCCGAGCCCGAGCCUGCGGCCGUUAGUUGGGCGCGCGCUGGGAGGUUGUUCGAAGCCGGCAGCCGUACAGCGACGGACGGAACAGUACCCCAAUUCUAAGAUUCUCGUUCAAGGCAGAUGUGCAAAUAAUGGUGUAAUAAUAGAAGAUGGAUUUCAUCUUUGGAGCAACAUUAACCUUAAUCCUGAUGAGCACAUCAUGGAAGAAUCCAGUAAUGGUAAAUAGUUCGACAACAAAGACGAUACAAGGUUUGUUUCCUGCACAGAAUAUAAACCCGGAUAUUUACGGAUUUGAAGGUCAAUCGCAAGAAGGAAUUCAGGAAUCUAGUGAUGUGGAUAUUUUUGCCAAGAUUUCAAAAAUUAACCAAGAUCUGGGGCCACAUAGAGGUGAUAUUGAAUAUGGAGAUAUUGCAACAGGGAGUUCCAAAAAUGCCCAGAAGUGUCUCCGUGGUCCCAAGUCCUGCUUGUGGCCCCGUAAUCGUUUUGGGAUCGUUUACAUACCAUAUACACUUGAUAGUGUCUACAGUAAGUCAGAACAGGCUGUUAUACACAAUGCCAUGCAGCACUUUGCUAUGCUAACAUGCAUAAGAUUCGUAUAUAGGCAGCAAGAACGAAACUAUGUUCGAAUAGUUGCAGAAGAUGGCUGCUGGUCACAUGUAGGAUAUCUUAAGCAAAUACAGAAUGUUUCACUCGACAAAAAUGGUUGUGUCACUCGUGGGGUAAUACAUCAUGAGUUACUGCAUACCAUUGGUUUUAAUCAUGAGCAAAGUAGAAGUGACCGUGAUGACCAUGUCACCAUCCUAUUUGAUAAUAUUGACAAAGAUUCAAAAUACAAUUUUAAUAAAUUGAACACCAAUAAUUUGGGAACGGCAUACGAUUAUUCUUCAGUCAUGCAUUAUGAUAAAUAUGCUUUUUCUAAAAAUGGCAACAUUACCAUUUUACCCAAACCAGAUCCAAAUGUAUCUAUUGGACAGCAACAUGGAAUGGACACUCUAGAUGUUGAUAAGGUUAACAAGUUAUAUAACUGCAAAACAUGUGGAGGAUUGUUAAUGAAGGAUCAUGGACUUCUCAACUCUCCAGGAUUUCCAGAUUUAUAUCCAAACAAUCUUCAUUGCAUAUGGCAAGUUAGAACACCUAAUUAUAAAAAUAAAAUUUUCUUGCAAUUUACUAAAUUUCAAGUAGAACAGUUUAUUAACUGUUAUUCCGACCGAGUAAUAAUUUAUGAUGGUGAAAGUUUAGGGUCUCCUGUCCUUGAUGGACCAACUUGUGGUUCAGAAAAUCCAGCAGUAGUAUCAUCUGGAGGAUCUUUAUUAGUGGAAUUUUUCUCCUCACGCAUCUGGAGAGCAUUUGGUUUCAGUGCAAAGUUUCAAUUUGUUACAUGUGGUUAUACAUUGACAGACAAAAAGGGCAAUAUUAAUUUUAGAACUUGGAAAAAAGCUAAUUCAAGACAAAGCUGUUGGUGGGCCCUGCUAAUGCCAAGAGCAUUUAAGAUAGUCUUCACAUUAAUUACAUUGCACAUGAGCAGUAAUGGAACCUGUACAGAGGACUACUUGGCCAUCCAUGAUGUUGCUGCAAAUCCUCCUACACUCCUUGGAAAAUAUUGUGGAAAGCUACCCAAGCCAGUUGUUUUUACCUCAACUGGAAGGACACUUGUACUAGAAUUGUCUCAUCCAAUGCCAGAUCUUGGAUGGGGAUUUUCAGCUGAAUACAAAUCUAUUAUUAAUAAGAACCCUCCUGAAGUUAUUACCUACAACAACAAGGGGAGUUACCCAAAUACUUUAGCAUUAGUCCUAACUUCUGCAGUCCUUUAUUUCCACUACUUAUAGAAUCUGGAAAUUCUAAAUCCAUGUGUUUUGUACAAUGAUUAACUAAAAUUAAAGCAUUUAAGGCAAACUGGGAAUUACUGUUGCUGUUAGAAUGAAAAGCACAUUACUUUUUAAACAGGACAAUUAAUUAAAUCAACAAAAGAAAAACCUGAAAUUGGUAAAUAUGGAACAAAUAUUUUUGUGCUGUAUUUGCUUAAUUAAUUGUUUAAUCCUGGAGCCAAAUAUAUUGUAAUGUGUUCUUGUUUUCAUUCACUUCUGUCGUCCUUAACUGAAAUAAUUAAAGAUUGAACACAUUUUUGUUAAAAGAAAACCCAAAAAUCAGGCAUCCAGCAUCCAUUUGUAGGGUACUGAUUGGCCUACUGAGGGAUCAGGAACGCUGCUAGGAAGUAUGCAUACAGGUAUGGCUAGAAAGGGGAAAAGCUAUGUCCUUUUCUAACUUAAGCCAUCUGCAGGUACAGAAAAGGAACCUCACAUCUAAAUAGGCAUGCUCUGAGGAAACACACAUCAGCUAAGUAUGGAACUGAGAGAAUCUGGAGCCUCAAUAACAAUCUUAACCUUGAUGUAGUCAACUGCCACCAUGUUCACUCCUGACUAUCACCAAUCCUCCCCAUAAAAAAUUCCUUCCUACCAGUUGAUACUAGCCUCCUCAAGACUAGCCUUCUGAACCAGGGACUGCAGAUCAGAACUUGGUCACUGAAAACCUUGACUUUCCUUCAUAACACCAGUCCUGAUGACUGGCUUCAACCUAACUCAUGAUGCACAAAGUUCACAGCAACACCAUGAGUUUGCAUUCUUCUGAAGCAAUUUCAAUUUUAAGGUGAUCCAACAAUAAAUGUCAGGAGAUCCAGGGACUCUCUGUACAUCUGGCAUACUUUCCAGGUGACUGACAACAUCUGAUUUUCUAACCUAAAUACUUAACAGUCAAAAACUAAAAUAACUUCUAAGGGAAAUUAAAAGGUCAAUGAUCAAUUUUUCCAAGUGGCUUUCACUCCAAACAGAAUAUAGUGAUUGACUCUAAGGAUUUUGCUGUUUAACAUCAAAUCAGUAAUUCUCCAUUUGCUGAUAUGUAAUUAAACCUACUU